UCGGUCCAUUUUUCAUCGGAAAUGUCUAAAGUAUUAAAUUAAAUAAUCGAAAAGUCAAUUGUCAGCAAUAGUUCGCAAUCUAUUUCUUUAGACGCUGGCGUGACCAGUGUGCCCUGGCAAAAUUACGACUUUCAUGAGCUGCAAAAAUACAACUACACCCUUCUUACUUCCCGUUCGUUACGCACUGCAGUGUGCGACCAGCUCGGCAGACCCGCGGAGUGGGCUACGGGGGGUGCGCAGUUUAGAUUUGCACCGGCGGUCUCGCGCAUUCGCUGCAUGCGUUUCCGUGCCUUCUUCUUUUAGUCAUAUUCGCGGAUUUCCCGGUCUCGGACUGCUACGAUCACCUCUCAAUCGCGUAUCGGUGACUGCGUCUUGAGCGUGAUCUGCUUUGUGAGCGACAGCAUUCUUGGAUGCUCGCUGUCCUGCUCGGCGUUCUGUCGAUCCUCUGGGCCGAGAGGACUGAAGCUAGCGUGCUGGUCGCCGACACUACCAUGUCCAGAAUGGUGGAAUUGAAUGCCGACGCACCUUUCUGCGCGCUUUACAACGACCGCGGGGUCAUCCAGAAGAUGGUUCUCGGCGCGGAUCCCCGAAAAGUUCGACAAAUCUCCAGCAACCUCGUCGCCGACCUGGAAGAAACCUGCAAGGCUUCGCGAAAUAAGGGAAAGAAUCAAGCGCCCGGCGGUGGUUUAAUAUAUCCGGGAACUAAGUGGUGCGGACCAGGCAACGUGGCCGAUUCCUACGACGAUGUGGGCCAACAUUCGGUCGAGGAUACCUGCUGCAGGGAGCACGACCAUUGCCCGUUCACGAUAGCGCCGCAACAAUGCAUACACGGCAUAUGCAAUAACUCGCCAUUUACUCGCUCGCAUUGCGAUUGCGACGCCAAAUUCCGCAGAUGUUUACAGAAUCUCAAUACCGAGGUGGCCAAUACCCUCGGCGCGCUUUUCUUCAAUGUGAUCCAGGUUAUCUGCUUCAAAGAGAGACGACCGUGCUCGCAGUGGCAAAGGAACGGAUACGCGGAGGCUGUGUCCGAUCGAUUAUGCUCGCAAUACAAGUUCCGACCCAGUGACAAAUACGUGCCCAUGAUGCCUCUGAAUAUGAACAAAUGACUUUCAAAGUCCCCUCGGAUACAUCCAGAAAAGGGCUAGUGGCCAGUGCGCGGCAUAUCGAUCAAUAUCAUUUAGUUUAUAUCAAAUUGCCGUCCUCGUUAUCCUCGCGCGCCAAAUCAAAUGUAUGUAUACCGUUUUAGAGCUUAAGGCUGCAGUCCACUUGACACUUUAAAUGCCUCCGAGUAUUCUUCUUCUUCUUCCUUUUAAUAAAGAAAGAAGGCAAAGAAGAAUUUGCAGCAUCAAAUGGACCGCAACUUAAGUUUCCACACAGCAAAAUAUAUCAGAGACUUAAAUCGGAUAUCAUUCCACCGGUCAUAUUUGAGAGAUCUUGUAGAUGAUAUAUCUGAAUAUUGUAUGGAUAUCACAUUUCUGACAUCUCCUUUAAAAAUUAUUGUUUAUAUUUUUAUUUUUAUCAUUUGUUUUGUUUUUAAAUAAUUGUUGAUUAUUUAACUUUUCCUCAAAAUAAGUUUUCUAAACUUAUCUAGUCAAAAAAGAAAUAGUACGAUAAAAAAAAAUGAUAAGGAUGAGUUUACAAUAAUAGUAUAAAAGAGUGAGGGCUGAUUUAUGGAGGCCGUGUUCCGUAAUAAGUUAUUCCAGAACUGAUAAAGAUAAAAUAUUUUUUAUUUAUCACAAUGCCUAUUCUGUAAUACGUAAAAUUCGAUUUCACUAAAAUGUAGAUAUCUAAUAUUGUAUUUGAUAUAAAAUCAGAUAUAUCUCAGAUGAACUAAUCAUGACUUCUUAGAAUCUGAAAGACAUCUCUCGGAUAUCCAAACGAUAUCUGAGUAGUUUUUGUAUCAGAUAUUGUAAUAUUUAGAUAUCUCCUAGAUAUCUUUGUGACAUUUUUUGCUGUGUGGGUUACAUUAAAUCUUUCGCGACGGCGCGAGUGCAAAUGACAUUCGUAGUUUAUGGACGGUGGAACUCCUCGCUGUGUAUAUAUUUUAUCCCUACGAUUACAGCCUGAUCUAUCGAGUUUGAUUAUUUGUACACUGAGAAAAAUUUCCAUCGGAUAAACCAAUUAAAUAGUAUGUCCGAUGGUUAAUUUUUCCG